GCUUCAGUUCCUGCUUCAUUUCACUGGGUCAUUCCACUCAGCCAGACAACAGGACUGUAGACUCCAACUUCCCCUCCAAAGACGUCAGUUUAUUACCUUUGUAAUACCAGAUCUAACUGCAGAUAUGAUUCACAGAGACAUUGCACUUGAGGCUCUGAGUGUAAUCUGCAAUGCCAACGUAACGUCUGUUCAGAGACAAGCGUCGCAACCUGUUCUUCGCGCUGCUGGCUUUCAAGCAGCAUCACAGGAGCAGCUGGUCAUCAAGCAACUUGUCUGUACUGUCCUGGAUGCAGAUGAAAGCAGCCAGGUGUCAAGAUCCAACUUCUGCUGCAUCCAACACACUUUGCAAACCGGGGCAGAGGCGGCUAGUUUCCCCAGACAGGACCUGUUUGAUACCCCGAGUGGGAGGAAUCACAUCAUCGACGAGGACGAAUUCUUCGCCCCACAGUACGACUAUGAUUUCUCUGGGCUGAGAGACACCGAGACUUACUGGAGAGGUGGAGAGAAGUACGAACGCCCAAGUGGUUGGUACCGGUUUGGCCUCAAGAUCCUGGACAAGUACUGUGAAAACACCUGGCUGGGAACCCAGUACCGGAGCACCCAGUCCUGUCCUGGGGAGUGGCCGGUGUCCUACCACGGGACAUCAAAGAAAGGUGCUGAGGGCAUCAUCGAAGGAUACUACAAGCCAGGUCCAGGGCAGGCGUACGGCAGAGGGAUUUAUUCUACCCCAGAUAUCGCAGAGGCCACCUACUACGCCAAAACUUUCACCUCUCAAAAGGACGGCAAGACGUACAAAGUGAUUCUGCAGAAUCGAAUCAACCCUGCAUACAGACGGAAAUACAACAACGAUAAGUACUGGCUGAUUCCCAUCCCCCAUGGAACAUCGGCAGCAGAAGAGCAAGACAUCGUAGAGAAGGCCAUCCGUCCUUAUGGCCUCCUGCUGAAACAGGUCUAACAGAGGAAAAGAAAACUCACAGAUCUGACCACUUGUUUUUCUGAGAUUUAUUUGAGAAAGUCAGUUAAUUGUAUCAUCAGUAGUCCAUGCAACAUACUCUGAUGCUGUCAAAUGUAAUGGGAAAAUAAUAUGUACAUUUGCUUUAUGAAAAGUAGGAAUAAACAAACUAUUACUA